GAUAUAACUUGAUAGAGCCGAGGAGCAAGUGUGCCUGAUUCAGCAUGUCAAAAAACAAGGGUCAUUCAUCUAAACAAGAUAACUUAGCAGUCACUGCAGUUGCUUUACAAGAUCACAUUUUACAUGAUCUUCAACUUCGAAAUCUUUCAAUAGCAGAUCAUUCUAAGACAAAGGUACAAAAGAGAGAAAACAGAUCCAAAUCUCUAAAAAGAAACACAAAAGCAAUAAUAGAUACUGGACUUAAGAAAACUAUACAAGGCCCUAAAGUGGAAGAUCUAGAAAAAGAAUAUGUUCUUGAUCCAAAACCACCACCAUUAACUUUAGCACAGAAGCUGGGCCUCUUUGAACCUCCCCCACCGCUACUAUCCUCAGAUGAAUGGGAAAAAGUGAAGCAAAGAUCCAUCCUGCAUGGGGACUCCGCGCAGCCGUGCCCGGUAUGCAAAGAAGAAUUCGAACUUCGCCCCCAGGUGCUGCUUUCAUGUUCACAUGUGUUUCACAGAGCAUGCCUCCAGGCUUUUGAAAAGUUCACAAAUAAAAAAACCUGCCCUCUCUGUAGAAAGAACCAGUAUCAAACCAGAGUGAUUCACGACGGAGCCCGGCUAUUCAAAAUAAAGUGUGCGACAAGGAUCCAAGCCUGCUGGAGGGGACACGUGGUCAGGAAGUGGUACCAAGACCUGAGGAGAAAGGUUCCUCCCACAGAUGCCAAGUUGAGGAGAAAAUUCUUUGAAGAAAAGUUCACAGAGAUCAGUCACCGCCUACUGUGCUCCUACAGCACAAACAUAGAGGACCUCUUCUGGGAAAUCGACCACUGCCUGGCCAUAAACCGAAGUGUUCUUCAGCAGCUGGAGGACAGGUGCGGCCACGAGCUCACAGACGAAGACUGGGAAAAGAUCCAGAUCCAGGCUCUGCACCGGGAGUCCUAUGAGUGUCCCAUCUGCCUCACCCCGCUCCCAGCCAGCGCUGACGGUCACCAGGACCCAUGCGAGACACGCUGCAGCCAGUCUUCCCGGGAGACAGUCCUCCUCUCCUGCUCACAUGUGUUCCACCACACGUGUCUCCUUGCUCUGGAGGAGUUCUCCUUGGGGGACAGUUCUCCUUUCCACGUUUGUCCCCUCUGCCGCUCUGGCUAUCAGAAGAAAAUUCUUGAAUGUUGA